AAAAACUGAAUUGUCAACACUGCCCAACACUAAUGACGUGGUGAAUGUGUGUGAAAAAAGAACAAUAAAUUGCCGCCGACAAAAUUCGUAGUUUAAUCUAAUUAAUAUACAAUAAAUCAACAAUUGUAAACAAAAAUCCUGUCAAAGACAACUAAAACACAUUGCACGCAGCAAGCAUUGAUAUCUGAAUACAAAUUAGUAAUAAAUUUGCAAGAGCAAGAGAAGGGCAAUGAAAUACACAAGUUUCCAUUUUGUGUUUGCUUCUUUUAUUUAAAUAUAUAAGCCACAGACGACGUGGUUACAUCGUCAGCAAUAGCAUCCAAUAGCGACGUGAGCAACAAAUUGGGUUGCCUUGCUGUUGUCAACUGGAAGCGCAAAGCGUUUAUUGUGUGAGUCAGGCGGGGACGGGUGCGCAAGCACGCUGCGGUAGCAAUGAUGAACGAGGACAUCAGUAGUCCCUCAACGUCGUCUAGUGGCGGCAGUGGUGGCGUUAAGAAAUUCUUUAUACGUUUAUCACAGACCUACCAGUCGACAUUGGAUCGCUCCACUCCGCACACUCAAAUGCGCUGGGUGUUUGCUGGAUUCGUGUUGCUGCUGUUUGUUCUGCGCAUUUUCCUGUAUCAAGGCUGGUAUAUUAUAUGCUAUGCGUUGGGCAUUUAUCACCUGAAUUUGUUUAUUGCAUUCUUAACGCCCAAAAUCGAUCCGGAGUUUGAUCCGUAUGCGCAGGAUGAAGAGGACGAAGGCCCCAAUUUGCCAACGCGCAGCAAUGAGGAGUUUCGACCGUUCAUACGCCGACUACCCGAAUUCAAGUUCUGGCUUUCGGUGACAAAGAGCACGGCAAUUGGCCUGUUCUGCACGUUUUUUGACUUCUUCAAUGUGCCCGUAUUCUGGCCCAUAUUGGUCAUGUACUUUAUCACACUCUUCUGCAUAACAAUGAAGCGGCAAAUCAAGCAUAUGAUCAAAUACAAGUAUUUACCAUUUACCCGGAACAAGCCGCGUUAUCAGCGCGUCAAUGAGUCUGCGGGUGCCGCCUCCCUUGGUGGCAAUUCAAAGUGACAAUUAGCCGCACAGACGCCGGAUUCGCAAACGACAACAGCGGCCGCAGCAGCAGCAGCAACACCAUCAGCAGCAACGUCUGCAGCGGCAGCAGCAACAACAACAACAACUUUAGGCAACUCAAUGCCAACGGCAGCUAGUAGCUCGACGGGGGUGGGGACACCAACGUCCAGCGCUAAGCUACCACAAAUUAUAGCAAUUGAGGACUACUAAGAAGUUCAAUGGAAAACUGAGCAACAAACCCAAAUAAUUUUUUAUCACAACAUCAGCAACCACAACAACAACAAUAUUUGCAUUCAUUUUGAGUUCCUUCAAUUUUUGGACAGAGCGGUUGAUUUGGUUUUGAUUUGCUUAAUUUUUUUUUUGAGUUGUCGUGCGGCGUCUAGUGCAAAGCAUUGUUUAUUGUUUAAAUAAUUUUUGAUUAAUUAUAUAUUUAUUUACAUGCAAUUUAUUUGUAA